AUGACGUCGCACAAAUCCGCCCGUCUCAACAAAAAGAGAGCUGCUCAGCUUCUUACACAAGUCCGGCUUCCUUUAGCAGCCAACGCUGCUCCAGCUGUGCAGGCUUCACGAGCAAUUCGGCUUCCUGCAGCGGUUCGAAGACUAGGUCCACCUCGGAACGCCGGUUUCAACGACCUUCCGUGGGUGGUGAAGAAAAAGGUUUACCUCAUGACGACCAACUAUGAGCAUGAUAUCUUUCCACUCCCCUGCCCAGUCCGCUGGGUCCAGUAUGAGGAAGGCAACGCCCGGCAAAGAGAUCGUCACUAUAAGCAGAGACACCAGUCGAAGAGACUAAGUCUACUGGCGGUAAGUCGCACCACAAGAGAUGAAGUUGGACGGUGUAGACGUCCGUAUGGUCCCUGGCACCACCCCAUCAUGAGCACGGUGAAACAUGGCCAGCUUACCCACGACGGACCAACGCCCGAGAACUACAACGACAACCUGGAUCAAGUAAUACCAAGAGACGUUCGCGAUUGGAUGCAACACCUUAUCAUCCAUUCAGACCAUAUGAACACUCUGCGAUACCAGCCGCCUGGUGCAGUUGGCCAGUAUCGAAUGCCCGACUUCGAUCGGGUCUUCCAGUCAUGCUUCACCAAUCCCGUCACCAUAUGGUUUCCUCAUUUCUUCGAGGCUUGGAAGCAUCUCGAGGUUCUCCCGCAGCUCAGCGCCCACAAAGAUGCAAUGUUGGCACUCAAAAAGGGGCAGACGCUCGAGAUCAGGAACUGGCUUCCAAAUUGGGCCGGUAUGCGUACAGUGCUGGCAUGGCCCGGUUUCCCAACUCCUGCGCUGUGGGCCAGGGACUGGGCUGAGGUGGUGGACAGAGCGAUAUUAGGAGCCAUGUUCAGCAUGGAGCUGGAGUUUCAGGUCAGCCCGAGGAAGAUGAUGCAUGUCAAAAUCCUUCAUACGUUCGAGGAUGGGUCACGGGGAAUUUUGAUGAAGGCAUUGUCUAGGCAGGCAUCAUAUUGCGGGAAGUUUUACUACGGGCAGCGUAAAUAA